AUGGCACAGUCUGUGGGCACUCAAUCAGGGUCGGCUGCAUCGCCUCUGUCUACCCACGCAUCUACGAGCGCAUCAGAUCACCUACGACCAUUCCGACCGGUCACAACAACCCCCCGCGAACAAUUACCCCGCGGAGUUGACUCGGCCGCCGCAGCGAGUCCGGAUCAAGGAUCUGGGCUUUCAGCCACUUCCAUUGCCCAGGAUAGAGAUUCCUCGGUGCCAGAAUCAACCUCUGCAGAGAAAGAUGGCAAUGAUGUUCCCCCGCUGCCAGUUGUGGUCGCCCAAAUCCAUGCUCGCGUGCAAUCAUUCCUCGACGAGUCACACCCACCCAGCUCCUUACUUGCCUCGGUGCAGCGACAGACUCGAAUGUCCCUCGACGUGGUGGCCAAGGCCCUGACAAAGUACAAGUUCUCUGAACUAUCAAUCUCCUACAAUGGCGGCAAAGACUGCCUUGUCAUGCUCAUCCUAUUUCUGGCGGGUCUUCAUCCCCACUUGAGUGCAACACAGUCUGGCCCAGACAGCACAACACCGCAGAGUAUCCCGGCCACCACUCCUUCUACAUCGACACCUUCCACAAGUGACCAAUCUGAGGGUUCUUCCGAGACAAUUUCAGAGAUACCUGCCAUCUAUGCGCUUCCCCCCGAUCCGUUCGAUGCCGUGGAGGACUUCGUCAUUACCUCGGCGCAGGCCUACCACCUCCAGGUUACCAAAUACACCACCGCACCCCCUGCCACCACCAUGCGCUCCUGCUUCGAGGACUACCUGGCAGGACACCCAGGUAUUCGCGCCAUCUUUGUUGGCACACGGCGGACAGAUCCCCACGGUGGGAAACUCACCCACUUCGAUCAAACUGACCAUGGCUGGCCGGACUUCAUGCGCAUCCACCCGGUGAUUGAUUGGCAUUACGCAGAGAUUUGGGCGUUCAUUCGCCACUUGGGCUUGACGUACUGCUCACUCUAUGACAUGGGUUACACCAGCCUGGGGGGCACGUCAGAUACGCACCCAAAUCCUCGGCUGCGAAAAGUCAGUGAAACAGGUAGUUUAAGCGGUGGCCACACUGAUGCUCAAACCGAAUAUCUGCCGGCUUACGAGCUCACCCAGGACCUGGAGGAGCGACUAGGCCGAAACUGA